AUGACCAUCACAAAGGAAAAGGUUCAAGAGAUCUUGAACAAAGCUGCCCUCCGGUAUCGAGGCCCCGGAGGUGCCAUCGCUGUCGUCCAAGAUGGCCAUGUCAUUGGCCAACGCGUCUGGGGAUUCGCUGACCUGGAACAGCGAGUUCCCAUGACAUCCCAGACGCAACUGCCCAUCUGUUCAAUUACUAAACAAUUUGUGUGUGCGCUAUUGAUUGAUCUGGAGCGCAAUCCAACCCCGGCAUUAGCUGCAAAGGGUGGUGUCCGGAAACAGCUCUCGGACCAUCUCACCGAGAUCCUAAGCCCGGAGCUUACUCGCGACGGUGAACUGACGCUUGAACGGCUUUGCGACAUGCAAUCCGGCAUGCGCGACUACUGGGCUAUGACCGCAUUGUGGGGCUCCAAGCCCGACGACGAGUUUCUGAUAGCCAGAGACUGCGGUCCACUACUUGCCCGAACCAAGUCAUUCCACUUCCAGCCGGGAACGGAAUUUUCUUACUGCAAUGUCAACUUCCACGUACUUGCCCGAGUGAUUGAACGAGCGACUGGAGAGUCUCUUGAUAAAUUGCUCGAAGACAGAAUACUCCGACCGGCUGGUAUGAGCACGGCAUUCCUUUGUCCCAACACCGCACAUCACCCACCGCCGUGUGUCGGGUAUGAGGGCACCGAGCAGCAUGGUUUUACAGCGGCCGUUAACAGAAUGGAGUGGUCGGGCGAUGCUGGAUUAGUGGCUUCACUCACUGAUAUGAUCGCGUACGAAAAGUAUCUCGAUCACUGCUACGCUGAUCCACAAAGCUGGUACCACACCGCUAUAGUUCCUCCGAAAUUCAAAGACGGUACUCCUGCAAAGUAUCGUUAUGGGCUAAGUCACACUGACAUUGACGGUGUGAACACGAUCGGACAUGGUGGAGCGUUGCGAGGGUAUCGACUGCACCGGCGGCACGCACCACACGAGCGCUUGUCCGUCGUCGUAAUGUUUAACAGUGACUCUGACGCAUUCGGCCCCAACAUUGAUAUCUUCCGAGACCUCUUGGAAUUACCCAAGCCUGUGACAGCGUCCGUCCAGGCUACCGCGGACUGGGUCGGCGCGUUUCUUGAUCAGGAUACCCAAUUGUCGAUCGUCAUCACCAAGGGCGCACAGGAUGGAGAGGUAGCCAUUACCUAUGACGGCUCUGCCGAUACUAUCAAGCUUAGUACACCGAACCAUGGGAGGUCUAACUCGGCCGUCGCAACAGUUGAUGGAGAUUCCUUGAGUAUUCAUCGUGUGGGAGAUAACCGGAUACUCAGUGCUCGGCGUAUUGCCCCGAAAGAGUCAAUCCUUCGAGAUAAUUCAUUCCAGGGUGUCUACCACUGUACUGAGAUUGAAUCUACCUUCCACUGCAAUGGCGAGGAUGGCAUGCUCUACGGUGCAUUUGAUGGAUAUCUGGGCCAAGGACAUGCAACUCCCAUGAAAUAUCUGGGAGAUGAUGUCUGGGUCUUGACUUGUCCACGUGGUUUGGAUGCCCCAGCUCCGGGAGAUUGGACCAUUGUCUUUUCUCGGGAUGAGCACAAUGUAAUUCAAGGGUUUACGAUUGGUUGCUGGUUGGCCAGGAAGGUUGACUUUGUGAAGAAAGUUUGA